GAGAGAGAGAAAAGAAGGUGGAAAAGAGAGAGCAUACAUAGGAUCCCACGCAAGAAUGUUCGAAACGCUGGGAAGCAUCGUCGCGCGAACGUAGCGCGUUCUCUCUACGAACGAUAAAACGCCGCCACUCUUCAGCGAUCGAGACUUCGCGAGUACACACGACCGAAGCGCGCGGAAGAACGCUUGGUUAUGACGGCGAAGUCGGGGGGUGCGUUAGCGAGGGCAUCGAGUAUCGAUUAGCGGACGAUUCGCGCGGAAUUGAACUCGACUCGUGACACCCUGCACGAUGAUGAUAAUUAGUGACGCAGCGGGCGACAAAGCGCUUCCGGGCGAUACUCGCGGCGGUGACCGCUGCAUGUAGAAGUGAACACGCAAAAUUGUGCAGUGCAUCACGGUUACGACGGGGCACGUCGGGACCGGAUAGAAGAACAUCGGCAAGUCGGUGUCACGCCUCGACCUGGACCUGCAAAAUUCAUCUGCCAUGGCGCACCAGGCAAGAGGUCUACCGCAAUUGCGAAUAAAGUUUUAUAAUACGGUCGCCGCCAGUCUCCAAAUAGUCCUCUUGCUCACCGUCCUACCUCAAGAAAGCCUUUGUGGGCGUCACGAGAAACGCUUAUUAAAUCAUCUGCUGGCAAAUUAUAACAACUUGGAGCGACCAGUUGCGAAUGAGAGUGAACCGUUGGAGGUGAAGUUUGGCAUCACUCUGCAGCAGAUCAUCGACGUGGAUGAAAAGAACCAAAUUCUUACGACCAAUGCGUGGUUGAAACUGGAGUGGACAGACUAUAACCUCCAGUGGAACCAGUCCGAGUACGGCGGAGUGAAGGACCUUCGAAUUACGCCGAAUAAGCUUUGGAAACCGGAUAUCCUCAUGUACAACAGUGCGGAUGAGGGUUUCGACGGGACGUUCCAAACAAACGUGGUGGUCACGCAUAACGGCAGUUGCCUGUACGUCCCUCCGGGCAUCUUCAAGAGCACAUGCAAGAUAGACAUCACUUGGUUCCCCUUUGACGACCAACACUGUGACAUGAAGUUCGGAUCCUGGACCUACGACGGCAACCAGCUCGAUCUGAUACUCAACUCAGAGGAGGGUGGUGACUUAUCCGAUUUCAUCACGAACGGGGAAUGGUACCUCAUCGGUGAGUUUCACAAAGCAAGUUUACGACUUGUCAGGUCAAUCGGACCACGAGUAUUGACAAGUGUGUAUGUGUGCGCGUGCAUUUGUGCGUGUGCUUGUGUGCGUAAGGAAAUGUGCCUACAGGAAGCUAAGAAUAGAAUCUCGAAUCGACUCGCGUCAAUGAACACUGCGAUGCUAAUUGCGGAAGUAAAAAGUGCUGGGGCAGAUAGAUUUAAACAUGGAACUAUAAUUUGGACCUGUUCAGGAGUGACCAUUCUGCUGUCGCUGACAGUUUUCCUGAACCUCGUGGCAGAAAGCAUGCCGACGACUUCGGACGCUGUCCCUUUAAUAGGAUCAUACUUCAAUUGCAUCAUGUUCAUGGUGGCGAGCAGCGUCGUGCUGACCGUUCUGGUGCUCAACUAUCAUCACAGAUCGCCCGACAGAUAUGUGAUGCCAAAUUGGGUGAAAAAACUGUUUCUACAAUGGCUGCCGUAUAUAUUGUGCAUGAGUCGGCCGGGCAAGAAGAUCACGAAGAAGACCAUUCUCAUGAGUAAUCGGAUGAAGGAGCUGGAGUUGCAGGAGAGAAGCAGUAAGAGUUUACUGGCGAAUGUUUUAGACAUCGACGAUGAUUUUCGUCACGGGAACAGCGCUGCCAAUCCUGCCUCGGGCUAUAUAAGCAGGUCGGCGUAUGGUACACCGCUGUCGACCAGGCCGGCGACGGUCGAGGAGACUUCCGCAUCGUUGCCUCUCAGCGGCAUGCAGAAGGAACUUCACACGAUCCUCAAAGAAUUACAGUUCAUCACGAGCCGCAUGAAAAAGGCGGACGAGGACGACGAGGUCAUUAGCGACUGGAAGUUCGCCGCCAUGGUGGUCGACAGGCUUUGCCUGAUCAUCUUCACGUUAUUCACGAUUUUGGCUACGGUGGUGAUACUAUGUCGUGCGCCACACAUAAUCGUCCAGUAAUAGACUGCCCCGGUCGAGCCGAAAAAA